CUGCGACUAUCAACGCGCUGUGCUGUGCGUACCACGGCAAAGAUGGCUUCGCCCGACGACGAUCCCCCAACUGAAGCUGAAGUCAGUGGCAUGGCGAACCUGCAGAUUGAAAAUGCCGAGACUGAUGGCGCUCCCUCUGCGACAACGAGCACACCUGCCGCGACUGGGGACAAUCCAACUACACAACUCCCUAUUCCAGGCGCAACGCCAGAUCUAGCUCCCCAGCCUCAGGAUUUUUCUGUCGUGAUAUCAAACAACGCGCCGGGAUUCAAGUACAAAUACCCCGAGGCGAAACCAACACCUCCAGGUGUUGACGAUGCAGAGUGGAACAAGAUCUUCACGGCUGCCGAUUCUCGCUUUUACAACAAGGCCCAUAAGAAUGCAAACGCAUCCAAGGUAAAACGAGGUACUGGUGAGACACGCGCCCUUGCCCUUCAAAUGCUCCAGGAGAAGCGCGAAAAGGCAGCAGCCUCUGCGAAGGACACCGGCGCGUCUACGGGACCAGCAACUAAGACCAAGGCCCCCGCCGCAAGAAAGUCGCAACCAGCCAAGAAGGAAGCAUCUACCAGCUCUCGUGAGAUGAGUCCCACGACAAUGGAUAUGGCUGAAAGAAUCAAGACUGAGGGGCGCGCUCGCAAGGCUCCAUCAGUCGCUGCCUCUUCCGAUCGUGGGACACCCGCUCCAUCUACUGCACCAAAGAUGGGCAGUGCACCUCCGGCACCACCUAAGCCUCAGAAGCCCGGUCCAAAGAAGGGACCGGGUCCAAUGAAGAAGAAGCAAGACAAGAAAGCACUCUCGAAAGGACUCCUUGCUCCGGACACACCAUCCAGCUCUCGGCAGACUAGUCAGACCCCUGGUCCGAAAAAUGGUGCUUCCUCCGGCGACGAAAGCAAUGACGGUGGAGAAUACUGCAUCUGCCGUGGCCCGGAUGAUCAUCGCAUGAUGGUCUACUGCGAGGGUGGUUGUGAAGAUUGGUACCAUUGCUCUUGCAUUGGCAUUGACGAGGCCGAUGCAAAGGAACUUCUCGACCGAUUCAUCUGCCCAAAGUGCAAAAUUCCAGGCGAGCUGUUCACUACGUACAAGCCUAUGUGCAGAUACUUCAAUGUUGGAACCUUCCUCAACCAACCCGCGUGUCGCAAGGCUGCUCGCGUUACUAUGGAUCCCCCAAACAUGUACUGCAGUGAUGAGCACCAGAACGCCUUCUGGGUGUUCGUUGCAGCUCGCGCUCGCCAGAGCAAUGAGCCAUCCAAGGGAGGCGCAUUAAACCGCGCUGAGAUCUAUACCCUUCUGAAGCAGUGCAAGAAUGUAGCUGAAUUCCAAGCUCUGGGAGGAAAGCCACGACUUCCAAGGAAGGAAGGCGAUGAUCCAGACCGCCCGCUUGGGCUUGAUUAUCUCACCCCUGAGGAGGAGAAGGAGAUUGAGGAGAUCAAGCAGAAGAAGUUGGUCAUCCAGCACAAGAUCGAAGGCUAUCAGAAGCAGCUGAAGCUCCUCAAGAUGGUUAUCGAACGUGCCAAGAUUGCGGCUCAACACCUCAAGCCGGAGGUCAAGAGCAUCUGCGGCUACGACAACCGUCUCUCCUUCAACGAAUUCCAAUUCGAGAAAUGGUCGAAGACAGUCGAGGGGAGGACCGCUCUCGAAACCGGAGUUCUUGGUCCCCGAACCGCUGAGACGAAGGACAUCAAUGCUGCCAUUCCAUAUCCCGGCCAAGUCAUCCCCGAGCCUCCCGACGUCCCUGACAUUCUCAACAACAUCUGCCUCCGCCCGGAGAAUCCAAAAUGUCAGCAUAACAAGCUCUGCAGCUGGAAAGAAGUUCACAACACCGACUUCGCAUACAAUAUGAAGCUCCUCCGGGACAAGCUUGACAAGCUCACGAUCCAGGAGAUGGAGAUCAUUGAUGAUGCCGAGACACGUGAGGCCACGAAGGAUUACUACUCGGAUAACGUCACCAUCCAGUUAUUCUAGGACAUGGUGCGACGGAGGUGAUGGUGAUUAUUAGGAUGGCAUGUGCAUAUGGCGGCGUGGUGUGGCGUUUCGAGGGUCUAAAAAAUGGCCGGGAUA